GGACCUGUUUUUCGUAUGCAUGGCAAUGGGAUUGUUUGUUGGGGCAGGAAGAAAAAUCGAAUGAAAAACUCGUGGAUCCUCUCAGAAUCCAAACAUUGUGGUGUCUAUAUUAAGAGAUUGCUCGCGACGCAACGCAGAUCCCUCCGACCACUAACAAGAAUGCAGAUUGCUUCUUACUCCGUCAUUGUUCUAGCGGCUUUGUUCGCUUCUUCUCUGGCCGCAAGGACAUGUUCACAAGAAGGAUAUGAUUUAAUUAAGGGAUUUGAAGGCCUUAGCCUAGUUGCUUACCAAGAUGUUGGUGGUAUCUGGACCAUUGGUUAUGGCAAUACGAAGUAUCAGGAUGGUAGCCCUGUUCGCCAAGGAGACACUAUUACUCAACAAGGUGCUGAUGACCUUUUCGAGUAUUGGGUCGAUCAGUCUUUUGCACCAGAGGUAGACCGAUUGGUGGGACCUGUAGUCAUUAGGCAAGUUCAGUUCGAUGCCUUGGUUUCCUUUACCUACAACGUCGGGGUAGGUGCUUUCACCGAUUCGACUCUGUUGAGAAAACUGCGUGCCUUCCCUGACGAUCCAACCAUCCGUGACGAAUUCAUGAGAUGGGUCUAUGUAAACGGACAGGUGGUUCAAGGACUUGUUAACCGUCGUGAUGCUGAGGCUGAUUUCUACUUUUCAAAAGUUGAAAGUAUGUGUUAGUGCAUCUAUCUGCGCUACAAAAAUUUAAAAUACCUCUAUCUAACCAAAAUUUAAAGUUGAUAUACCUGUUGUUUCAUGUCAUAUGCAUAUUUGGUGUUGGG